UCCCCACCAGGGAAAGUAACAGCUGCAGUGAUGGCUGCUAUUGAUGCUGGGUACCGUCACUUUGAUUGUGCCUAUGUGUACCAAAAUGAAAAUGAAGUUGGGGAUGGGAUCCAGCAAAAAAUCAAGGAAGGUGUUGUGAAACGAGAGGACCUCUUCAUUGUCAGUAAGCUAUGGUGUACAUUUCAUGACAAGCCUCUGGUGAAGGGAGCGUGCCAGAAGAGUCUUGCUGCCCUGAAACUGGAUUACCUGGAUCUUUACCUCAUCCACUGGCCUCUUGGUUUUAAGGCAGGAGAGGAGCUGUUUCCAACAGAUGACAAAGGCAUGUCUAUACCCAGCAACACAGAUAUUCUACAUACGUGGGAGGCCAUGGAAGAGCUGGUGGAUGCUGGUCUGGUAAAAGCCAUUGGUAUCUCCAACUUUAACCAUGAGCAGAUUGAAAGAAUCUUGAACAAGCCAGGACUGAAAUACAAGCCUGCAAAUAACCAGAUCGAAUGUCAUCCAUACCUUACCCAGGAGAAGCUGAUCAAGUAUUGUCAAUCCAAAGAGAUUGCUGUGACAGCAUACAGUCCGCUUGGUUCUCCUGACAGACCAUGGGCUAAGCCAGAGGAUCCUUCACUUCUGGAUGAUCCCAAGAUCAAAGAGAUUGCAACCAAGCACAACAAAACACCAGCACAGGUUCUCAUUCGGUUCCACAUCCAGAGAAAUGUGAUUGUGAUUCCCAAGUCUGUCACACCACAGCGCAUUGUGGAGAACUUCAAGGUGUUUGACUUUGAAUUGACUAAAGAGGAGAUGACAACUAUUCUCAGCUUCAAUAGAAACUGGAGAGUCUGUGCAAUGAGCUCGGGCAAAACUCACAAGGACUACCCUUUCAAUGCAGAAUACUGAAGAUGGUUUCCUGCCUUUCUCCAGACUUCUCAGAUAUGCUUCUGCUGUUGCCUAUGAGUUGUCUACGUAGCUUUUUCACCGUGUCAGACCCCAAUUUUUUUCUUUUUCCCCCCACAAAGAGGCAGUAUAUGUACUCGGUGACUUUGUGUUGUUUUCUUUUUUGGAAGAAGGAAAUGCUAAAAUGGUUCUGAAGAACA